AAGGUUGAAGAAGAAGUGAGGCCGGAGAGCUCGGAGAAGGGCCCGACGAAGCGCAGGUGGGGAUCACCUCGCCGGCGAUGGCGCGGAGGAGGGGAAGCGCGGCGGCGGCCGCGGCCUCGCCGGCCGUGGUCGGGGCGGUCUCCGUGUUGGCCCUUGUGUACUACUCCACGGUGUUCGUCUUCCUGGACCACUGGCUCGGCCUCGGCAACGCGGCCGGCGCCGCCCACGCCGCCGCCUUCUCCCUCGUCGUCGCCGCGUGCUUCUUCUCCUUCUUCUGCGCCGCGGCCGCUGACCCGGGCUCCGUGCCCGCCUCCUUCGCCCCCGACGCCGAGGACCCGCAGCGGCAGGGAUUAAAAUCGAGGUAUUGCGAUAAAUGCUGCAUGUACAAACCUUCUCGAACUCACCAUUGCAAGGUGUGCAAAAGGUGUGUUCUUAAAAUGGACCAUCACUGUGUCUGGAUUAACAACUGCGUGGGCUAUGCAAACUACAAAUCAUUUAUCAUCUGUGUUCUAAAUGCAACCAUCGGGUCUCUUUACUCAUUUGUGGUAUUUCUAUUUGAUCUCUUCCAGACAGAACAUGAAUACGAUGUUCCUUAUGUGAAGGUCAUACAUGUCUUGGUCGGUGUUCUUUUGUUCUUCUUAAGCUUGACAAUAGGUUCUCUGUUAUGCUGGCACAUAUAUCUCUUAUGUCAUAACAUGACAACAAUAGAGUACCGAGAGGCAACUAGAGCGAAAUGGCUUGCACAGAAGAGUGGACAGAAGUAUCGGCACCGCUUUGAUCUUGGCACACGAAAGAAUAUUCAAAUGAUCAUGGGCCCAAACAUCCUGUGCUGGCUUUGCCCUACUGCAACGGGGCAUCUCAAGGAUGGCACUGAGUUCCAGAUCACAAACAACUGAUCGGAUCAACAAGGAAGCAAUUGCUGCACACGUACAUACUUCAUACAUACAUUGUAGAUUUGCGAGUUUAUUUGGCGACCAAAGUUCUUGGCCGUUCCAUUUGCUUGUUGCAGUAGAGAGCUCCACAUUUGUCACCAGAAUCUUUGUAUGACAGCAUGUGAAAUGUUCCAUUUCCCUCCUAAUCUCCAUGUAUUCUCUUGCUUCAAUUUAUUUGUGUGCAGAGCUGUAGAUAGAUCAAGUGAUUUGAGUUUUGAGCAUUGUGUACUGACAUAUUGAACGGCAAAACUAUCAAUUUGACCAGAAUUUUCAUGUCAA